ACCCUGACUCCUCAGCACCCUUUGCUGACCUGUGUGUUCUGCUGGAACACGCGGAAUAGAAAUAAACCCAACAAAAAAGGAGGACCUUUUAAGCUGCUGAAUAUAUACAGGGGAUGAUACUAUUUUUACUUUGACAUUCCUUUUUCCUUUUUGCAUCUGUGCGGCGUGGCCCCGUUUGCAGGAAGAGGCGAAGCACUUUGUGUGACCAUUUCCUUUUCAUAUCUAUCUUUUUUUAAAGCCUAAAAACAGUUUAGUGCUUAGAUCCAUCCAUGCCUGCUGUAAAGGAAGCUGCCAGCAGGCUGAGCUCGGUCAACCAGAGGACAUGCAGCUUUACUGGGAGAAGGAAAAGGCUCCAAGAUUUGAAGAGUACCAGAUGGCCAAAAGGAUCCCAAAUGAACCUCAGCAGCCCUCAAUUUCACAAUUCCUGGACAAUCGUGUCGGCAAUACAGAAUGAGUCAUCCACAGCAGAAAGCCAUAACCCAUGCAAUACUGUCCAACCUGAUUAUUGACUGCAACUUGCCCCUGUCUAUCGUGGAAAACAAGAGUUUUCAGCAAGUACAGCCCAGUGUGUCGCAGAACACUGACAUCAAAAACAGAGAACCUCGCUGAAGAGAGACGCUCAAAACUAAAAACUCAAUUGAGCAACACUGAACAUGUUUCAGAAAGAGGCAGAGAGGAUACAGCUAAGGUCCAAUCUCUUGGCCUGUGAACGCUUCAAAGGCUCACACACAGCUGAAAGAAUCUGUGACCAAUUUGAGUCAAUAUGUGACGAAUACACCAUUAAAGAUAAACUGGACUACAUUAUUAGUGACAAUGCUGCUAAUAUGAGAAAAGCAUUCACUGUAUGUUUCCCAAUUGAACAAGAGGAUGACGAUGAUGGAGAUUAUCUUGAUGACCCUGAGCUCUGGUGUGACUUAACCCUGGAAGAUCAGGAAACAGUAGAUGUUGCUAUGGCAAAGAAACAGCGCCUGCAGUGUUUUGCACACACUCUUCAGCUGGUGGUGGGAGACGGCUUGAAAGAAACAAAAGUGGUAUUGCCUUCUCUUUCAAAGUUAUCAAAACUCAGCUCACUGCUGCACACAAGCACAACAUUCAAAGAUGUGUUUGAUGCUGAAUUUGGAGAACAGAAAGGCAUCCCUGCUGCAGUCAACACAAGAUUGAACUCAACACUUCGGCAAGUGAAGGCAGUUCUCCAGUGCAAUCAUCUAAAGCUCUGUGCUGUUCUAGAAAAGGCUGGGCACAGGGAGUUGUCAUUCACAGCACGGGAGUGGAAUCUGUUGAAGGAGUUAGUGGACAUCCUGAAACCAUUUGGAGAAGCAACUGAUUUGACACAGGGGGAGAAGGUCACAAUUAGUGCUGUUGUUCCUUCUGUCUUGUCCCUCAACCACCACCUUGAGAAGCUGAAGCCUCAAGUCUGCUUCCUGUGUGGCCUGGUCAGAAGUCUCCAGGCAUCCCUGAACAAAAGAUUUCUGGGAAUCUUCAUCAAUGUGAAAAUGGCUAGGACACAAGAUGUGGUUGAUGCUCCAUUUUCCAAUCCCGUCUACCUCAAAGCAGCUGCCUUGGAUCCAGCCUUUUCUCUGUUGUGGGUGGAGCCCCAUGUGCUGGUCAAGCAUGAUGUCAAGGCAGAGGUGGCACAACAAGUGAAAGAAUUGAUCCUGCAAGAUGCUGCAGAGACUGAGCAACCUGUGCCUCGGGUUGAUGAAGAAGAGCAAGAGGACCACGGAGAAGGGUUCUUUGUUGCAUACCAUAAGAGGCAGAAGAAGGAUGUUGGGAUUACUUUAGCACUACAGCUAAGUCCCAUCGUGCACAAAUGACUGACAAACUUUUAGCCAAUUUGGUCUUUUGCAAAUGCAAUGCGUUAUAGGGCCCUGACAUAAAGACCAUGUUCAAGGUUGUUCAUAUAUUUAUGUUUUUCACGUGUACACACAUUCUCACAUGUGUACACACACACACACACGGGCAAUAUGAGAUGAGAUACAGAGGACAGGACAGAAGCUGCUGUGUAACUAGUUCAAAUGCAAUAUGCAGUUGAAAUGCAAUGUUAACACCUUGUUCAAAUAAUUACAGUUGCACUUGUUUUUUCAAAUGUUUAUUCCUGAAAGGAGUGGUUUAUUUAUGUUUUGAUAAAUACAUAUUUUGUAAGCAUACAUGAUCUGUGUAUAUAUAUUAUUAUUUUGUUUAAAAGGACUUGAAACAGAAAUGGCAGUACUUGACUUGACAGUUUUCGGUCUUGACUUGGACUCGACUCGGACUUUGCCUAUUUUGACUUGAGACUUGACUCGGACUUGAGUGCAAAGACUUGAGACUUACUUGCAAAGCAAUGACUUGGUCCCACCUCUGUGCGGUCACGUCCAGGGAGGUAGGCUACAGUCCCAUGGACCUUAAACUUCUGAAUAAUAUGUGCAACUGUCAUCACAGGAACACCAAGCUGCUUGGAGAUAGUUUUAUAGCCCUUACCUUUAACAUGCUUGUCUAUAAUUUUCUUUCUAAUCUCCUGAGACAACUCUCUCCUUAGCUUUCUGUGGUCCAUGUUCACCACAAUACCAAACAGCACAGAGACUACUUUUCACCCUUUAAAUAGACAGACUGGCUGAUUACAAGUUUGAAGACACCUGUUAUGCUAGUUUAACAUGUGCCUAUGGUUAAGUCAUUUUCAAUCUGUUCUAGUGGUACCAUCAUUUUUGUCCAGGCCAGUUUCAUUAUUGUGUUUUUUAAAAUGAUUGUGGAACCACAAUUCAAAAGCAAUACCUGAUUUUCAUUAAUUCAUUUUCAGUAAAUUUUUAUUUUUUACUACUUUUUUCAGUUUCAAGUUAUUUUAGUGACUAUUGUGGAGAAAAACCCACAAUAGUCACUAAAAUAACUUACCCUUCUUUAACAGAAGGGUACCAACAAUUUUGUCCACGUCUGUAUAUCUAUUUGCCUUGUGAGGUUUUGCUGGAAAUGCCACGUGGCCGCUCCCACUGCUCUAUGGUUCCUUUUUCACAUUAUCUGAUCCGAGCGGGACAGAGAGCAAAUAGAAGACAGUGGGUUCUGGUGCAGAGGGCUAGGUGGGCUAGUUCUCAGUGGGGGUGUUGUGGUUAGGUGGAGGCUGGUUUGCAGGGAGCAGAGUAAGAUGAAGUCACAGAGGUUUCAGGUCUUUGGAUGUUCUACUGUCUCUUGUGUGUGUGAUGACAAGGAUUAGUAUAUCCAGCAUCAAUGUCCUAAAAAAUAACAAAUAACUUAAAUUAUUAUUUUGCAUGUUAUUUUGCAGUGUAUCCUCUGUGUAUUUAUAGUCGUUUUUUUUUUUCUUUUUUACAGCACAUUUAACUGGACUAUGCCUUUUCUAAGCUGGCUGGCUAUUGUGGCUCUCGGAGUGGAUACCACUUCAUCCCUCUACGAUACAUUGUAUUAGCCUGGGGUGAGCCUUCAUAAAAUAAGUAAAUUGAGGUUAAAGUAUUUUAUUAUAAAAAUGAACUCAAAACUUCUGUUACAAUUUUUUAACAAAGUCCCGCACCUUACUAGAGCACAUUCUUCACAAAAAAGUGUUAAAAAAUGGGUGUCAGCUCUGCAUUACAGGUAAUAAUGGUUUUCUGCAUUUUUUUUUUUUUUUUUAUAAAACAACCGGUUAACAACAGAAAAGAAGAAUUUAUGCUAUGGGACGUUUCUAUUAUGUUCUUUCAAUACUGAUGCUGAUACAGCUUUAGUAUGGAUUCCAAAAUAUAUGCACUGAAAGGAAGGCUAUUCCAAUCCACAAGAGACAAAAACUAAAAACUUUGAAC